GAUAUAUGUCUUGUCCCCACUGUCACCUCUUCGGGCGGAAGGUGUUUCACAUCCGGCUUCUAAUCAAAAUAUGUUCAAGAAUUUAUGAUAACGUCGACUGUUAUCGCCCCACAUUCACCAGAAAGAAGCAGUUCCAGUAAAUAAACGACAAUGUCCGGGAGUCCUGCUGUGGUUCUCCGCUUGGUAGCCUCAGCCUAUACUGUGGCUGAAAAGGCCGGAGCCAUUGUGAGGAAGGUGCUUCACAGUGGAGAACUUGGCAUUGUGGAAAAGAAUGGGGCUAACGACGUGCAGACACUAGCAGACAGACUUGCCCAACAGAGCAUUUGUGCUUCACUGUCCAGACGCUUCCCUAAAAUCACUAUCAUUGGCGAGGAGGACCUUCCACCUGAGGAGGUGCCCGAGGACCUGAUUGAAAAUGGCCAAGAGGAUGAAAUCCUGAAGAAAAUCUGCCCAUCCGAAUACAGUGGAGUUAAAGAGGAAGAGCUAGUUGUGUGGGUGGAUCCGCUCGACGGCACAAAGGAAUACACUGAAGGGCUCCUGGAGAACGUGACCGUGCUAAUCGGCAUCGCCUACGCGGGCAGAGCGAUCGCCGGAGUCAUCAACCAACCCUUCUACAACUACCAGCUGGGGCCGCAGGCAAAGCUGGGAAGAACCAUGUGGGGAAUUCUCGGAGUGGGCGCCUUUGGAUUCCAGUUGCGGGAAGUAGCGGACAACAAACGCGUCGUGACAACCACCCGUUCCCAUAGCAACAAGCUUGUAACAGACUGCGUCAACGCCAUGGAACCUGAUGAGGUCGUACGAGUGGGUGGUGCAGGAAACAAGAUCAUUCAGCUUGUUGAGGGCACGGCGUCUGCUUACGUCUUUGCAAGUCCAGGGACCAAGAAGUGGGACACGUGUGCCCCUGAAGUCAUCCUGCAUUGUGUCGGGGGGAAACUGACGGACGUGCAUAACAAGGCAUAUCACUACGACGCUAACGUGAAGCACAUGAACUCUGCAGGCGUGCUCGCAACACUAAGGAACCACGACGACUACGUCAGCAGAGUCCCUCAGUCGGUGCUGCGAGCCCUCACGUCUGACUGAACCUCCUCCACCCCCUCGCUUGAAAAAGUUUGGACAUUCCUGGUUUAGAAGUUCCUGGUGGAUAAUCUGAAGUCCUCUAAAGUCCAUGUGGCACUCUGUCCCAAGUUUUUAAUUUUUUUUUUUUUUUUCUGUUGGCUGACGUUGAUAGUUAAUGUAAGUUGCAAGUGAGUAUGAUAAAUGUGUUUUAGGGAAUCAUGUAACCUCAAAGAGUUUCCAACCAAAUAGCACUAAUUAUGUUUUAAAAAUGUACAAAGUCAACUAAAAUGGCUGUAAAGACAUCCUAAAUGGCAGAAGUCAUAUUUCUGUAAAACCAAUUUGAUUAAAGUUGACCAUCUUCAUGUUUAUUUCAAAUCCACUGUCUUAAUUAUGGACCAACCUGGAAUAGACUAGCAGGGGAUCAAAUACUUAUUGCCCCACUAUGUGAGUACACAAUUGUAGAUGUUCAAAUGACAUGCAUUUGCAAGGACAGAGUGUCCAAAAGGUUUACAAAGCCUUCAAA